UGCGCACCUUUGUUCAUACCUGCUCUGCUGUGCUGUCUCUGCCCGCGUCUACAUCAACCGCCGCCUUGCCGCCGACCGACUUCGCUGGCGCUCUGCAACAUCUCCCGCAUACCGGAACCGCCGCCUUGCUCCCCGCCGCCGAUCCGGCUGCCACAAUCGCCUCACCGUUCCCGCAUCGGACUCCCAGCCUCGACGUCGGCGGCUCUUUCCACCACCCGAUCUAUUCUCGCGCCAGCUCAGCCCAAAUCCUCGGCCUUCACUCUCCUCGACCUCGCCCGCCCGGAGAGACGCCCUUCCAGCUCUAGCUCGCUUGCGCACUUUGACACACCGCUCCCGGAACUAUGGUUGAAGCAGAAGGAAACCCCACUACGUGGAAGUUCACACAGUGCUUCGGCGACAAAGGUGAUGUCGAAGACAUAACAGAAGCUGACAUCAUUUCCACCGUUGAGUUCGAUCAAACGGGCAACUACCUGGCCACCGGAGACAAGGGCGGCCGCGUAGUGCUAUUCGAGCGAAAUGAGACAAAAAAGACAUGCGAGUACAAGUUCCACACCGAGUUCCAGUCACACGAGCCCGAGUUCGAUUACCUCAAGUCGCUCGAGAUAGAAGAAAAGAUCAACAAGAUCAAGUGGUGCCGGCGACAAAACGCUUCACAUUACCUACUCUCGACCAAUGACAAGACAAUAAAGCUCUGGAAGGUGUUUGAGAAAUCGUUAAAGGUGGUGGCGGAGAACAACCUUUCACAUGAGUUGACCCCAGGAGGUGGUGUCGCUGGUGGAGGUGGACCAGUGCGGAACCCCAACGUGAACUUCCGCAGCGCCGCCGACCUGAAGCUGCCGCGGUUGACUCACCACGACACCGUCGUGGCCGCCGUGCCACGAAAGACGUAUGCCAACGCUCAUGCUUACCACAUCAACAGCAUAUCAGUUAAUAGUGAUGGCGAGACGUUCAUCAGCAGUGACGAUCUUCGUAUCAACCUGUGGAAUCUCAACAUCCAGGACCAGAGCUUCAACAUUGUGGACAUCAAACCAGCAAACAUGGAAGAGCUGACAGAGGUGAUCACGGCUGCUGAAUUCCACCCACAAAGCUGCAAUUGGUUCAUGUACGCGAGCUCCAAGGGGACAAUCAAGCUCGCGGACAUGCGCGAGAGUGCGUUGUGCGACCAACAUGCGAAACAGUUUGAACAAGAAGAGGACCCGUCCUCUCGGUCUUUCUUUUCAGAAAUUAUCUCGUCGAUAUCAGAUGUCCGCUUUUCGCAUGACGGCCGAUACAUUCUCUCCCGCGAUUACCUCACCGUGAAGAUCUGGGAUGUGAACAUGGAGCGAACCCCGAUCAAGACUAUUCCAAUACACGAGCACCUCCGGCCACGACUGUGCGAUACGUACGAGAACGACAGCAUCUUCGAUAAAUUUGAGGUUGUGUUCUCCGGUGACGCCAAGAACGUAAUGACGGGCAGCUACAACAACAACUUUAUGAUAUAUCCCUCCGAUCCAGAGAAAGACACGGAAGUGGUGCUUCAGGCAGACAAGUCGGCAUUCAAAGCUAAGAAGGUUGGCAUACCGACACCCAUGAACUCUUCUACAAGUCCCACUAGCAGUUCCGCCAAGAAGGGAGGAUCAAGAGCGGGAAGCCCAGCCGCUGGAGCCGCGGGUCAAGGCCAACGCAUGCGAAAGGAGACGGACGCAGACCAAAUCGACUUCAACAAGAAGAUCCUACACAUGAGCUGGCAUCCGUUCGAAGAUAGCAUUGCCAUUGCAGCUACCAACAAUCUCUUCGUAUUUUCAGCCUUGUAAAGGCCAGCAUUUGAGCAAACAUUUCCUUUGUGCAUUUGCACCUAGAUUUGUGUUUGGCGAUGUAUUCCUCCCUCAUUCUUCCCAUGUACUU